AUGGUAAAUGUGCGGUUUGAUGAAUCUAACGGCUCUCAAAAGGAGCACAUGCCAAAUGUGAUAGAUGAAUCGCUGAUAUCGGAUGCUAUUCAGCAAAUGGCCAUUGGGAGCGCCAAGCCUGUUGAAGGAAGUGUACCGAAGUCUUCUGAUGAUGAUGCUCCUAUGACUCAAAGCAGAACUCGUCAAUCCACUGCCAAAGCAAAUGCUCCUCCAAAUGGAAAUGGCAAUCAAAAUCCAAAUGCCGAUCAAAAUGGCAAUCCUGAAGGGAAUGAUGACACAAAUGCUGAUGCUGAUGAUAAUGACCAUCACGAAGAAAAUGCUCAUCCUCGUGUGGAAAAUCGAGUUGAUCCUUCACUAAUUCUCAAUGAAACUGAGAAUCCAGAACCUACCAAGUAUGAAGAAGCCAUGAAUGAUCCAGAUUGGAUGAAUGCCAUGCAAGAGGAAUUGGUGCAAUUCGAAUUGAAUGAUGUGUGGGAACUGGUUAACAAACCGAAUCCCGAGAAGCACAAUAUUAAUGGAUUUUCCACAAUAAGCAAGGUGAAAAUGGAGAAAUAUCUGAAAGAGUGCCUGAAGAAGUUCAAAAUGCAAGAUUCCAAAAUGAAGGGCUAUAAGACUCCAAUGCCCACGAAUGGUAAGCUGGAUGCAGAUGUAUAUGGUAAGGAUUAUGAUUAG